AGGAAUUACAAAUUAUCAGAAGAGGUCGUUUAACCCCAAAUAAUUAUUUACACUUCAAGUGCGUUGCACUCUUCAAGUGGCACAACAUUGCAAUUCGACACUUUUACCCAGGCGCUUAACGCAACAUCAUCAAAACACAGAUAUCAGAUUACAAGCAUUGCGCAAUGUCACUUCGCAACUGCUUGACCCAAUUCUUUUCACAGAGUAUUAAACUAUAAGUGGGACAUGCCCACACAGCAAUUCUUUUCCCUUUCCACUGACCUUGUUAUGAUGGGACUUUGCCCUAGACAUUAUGCAGAUUUAGCAGAUGGCUCAACCUAUGUGCUUCGCACUGAUUGGUUGACCUUAUAUACCACACUGAUCUAGAUAUCUUGUAGAGUUAAUAAUUAUGUGUAGAGUUUAAGAAUAUAAAUAGUUCAAUUCAUUUUUGCUAAAGGGAAGUUCAGUUUUAGUAAUCAGUGAGUUAAGUGUACUUACUGAAGUACAUAUCGUAAAGUGGUGUCAAGCUAAGAAAUAAUGUGUUAAUAUGUAAGCCGAAAAAUACUGUGUUAAUAUAACAUUCAAAAAGGAGCUUACUAAUGUCGUUGUAAAAAAAAACAAAAAAAAGAAAGAACUCCAAACAUCAGAAGUGAUGAUAGGGAUGUUUUAACGCCUUUAGCCUACACAUCUUUCAGAGUAAUAACAGACGAGAGGUGAACAUGCUAGUAUGAUACACGCAAAGUUCAUGGUUCGAACUUGAAUUGUUCCAUUUUAUAAUUCCGAACAAACCGACUCAAUUGAAUAUAUUUUAAGUAAUUUUAGUGAUGUGUUUUCAUAGAGUCGGUUCAGUUUUUCAUCGUUCCGUUCAAAGCAAUCAAUUUAUAGAGUGCUCAAUUCCAAAGUGAUCAAGUGUUAGUGCUUCAUGCAGCCAGCAACGGACCUAAUAGAAAUUACAGUAGAUGAGAAUUUAUUUGAGAUUGUGCUAUGCAACUUCCUGAUCCAUCAAUUAGUAGAGUAAAAGCGUAUACACAAUUCAAUUUACAAACGUUACCGUUCACCCACAUUUUACUUUAUUCAUAUCCAAAUUUAUUAACACAAUAAAUUAUCCCGUAUACAUAUCUUAUGACAAAGUCAAUCCCAUUGUAGAGCCCUUUGACAAUUAUUAUGUGCUUAAAACCAGAAAAAAAAAAACAAUAAUAAAAAUGAACAUAAGGAACAUAUUCUAAAUGAAAUCAACUGUAAUAAUGUACCGACUUUUGUUUAAAUGGAUUUUAAGAAAUUAAUAAUGGAUUACUUAUUCAGACAUAUUUUGUUAAAGAGACGAUACACUUUUCACAAAUAAUUUCUAUAGCCAAGACAUAAACCUGAUCGAUGAUAUUCCAAUUUAUAUUCCGAAAUAACAAACAAAUUCAUUCACAAACAGAAGAAAUACAGACUCAACUAGACAAAAUGCUACAAGAAAACAUAAUCGAACAUUCAAUUUCACCAUACAAUUCACCAAUUUUACUAGUUCGAAAAAAUCAGACAAUAACAAUAAAAAAUGGAGACUGGUUGUUGAUUUCCAACAAUUAAACAAAAAAAAAUUGGCAAACAAAUUUCUCUUACCAAGAAUUGACACCAUGCUAGAUCAACUUGGUAGAGCAAAAUAUUUCAGUACUCUUGACCUUAUGUCAGGAUUCCACCAAAUCCCUCUCACAGAAAAUUCUAGAAAAUAAACAGCUUUUUCAACACCGUCAGGCCAUUAUCAAUAUACGCGAAUGCAAUUCGGAUUAAAUAUUAGCCCAAAUAAUUUCCAGUGUAUGAUGACAAUAGCCAUGGCAGGUAGGACUCCUGAACAUGCAUUUAUGUAUGUUGCCGUUGCAGUCAGGCCUGAAAGGGUUGCGGUAGCAUAACUACCGUGAACGCGCCCCUUUGAUGCGCCCGUUUUUGACGUUUCUUGCCGUCGCUGUAGCAGUGAGGCGCAUAGAUGAAUGUAUUCACACAGAGGUGCGAUAGUGAGUGGGAUAAGCUGAACACGGCCAUCGCUUUCGCACUACUUGGUUUGUUUACCCUAGCAGCUGGCCUGGAAAGAGGAGAGUAUAGACUCCAUCGCGAUAGAUGUGUUUUUGUUGUUGCGAAUUAUGUUUUGUGCCAAUUAUUGUACCUAGUAAGUUGUGUAAUUUGUAGUUUAUUAGUUUAUUUGUAGCUUUUUAAAUAUUGUGAAAUCAUAGAUUGUUCGCCACUGUUGUACCGCGGGAAGCAGAUAUGUUUUCAUUUAGUGUAUUACUGUUCAAUUACCAUAAGUUAAAUAUUAUGUAAAGGUGACAUGUUGUUCAGUGUCUUUUAUUUAAUUAAUUGAUAGGACCUCGCUAAGCCCGCCGAAGGUAGAUUGGCAUUGAGGAGUUGCAGGCGUUGAAAAACUAAAUUGUAAGUUGUCGAUUGUAAGUUUGUUUAAUGUAAAUAGUUUGUUAAUUUUGAAUAUAUUUGAGUUGAGUUUUGUCCGUCAAAAGACCUACUUUUUAAAAUCGUUUUUCAUUCGCGCCGGAGGGGUGCGAACAAUAUACAUUGAUGACAUUAUCGUUAUAGGAUGUUCUAUCAACCAUCAUUUAUCAAAGUUGUUGACCGUUUAAGACAUUAUAAUUUAAAUUUAAAUCCUAGUGAAUGCAAGUGUUUACAAUCAGAAGUGACAUAUGCAGGACACAAAAUUAAGAUUGAAGGUAUUUUUCCUGAUGAUUCCUAAUUUUCAGCAGUUAAACAUUUCCCAAUACCGACAAAUUGUGCUAGGCAUCUUCCCACGCAAUAAAUCAUAAGCUAGAAAGAGCAUUUCCAUUUCAAGAUAGCAUACGCAACCAUCAAUGCAAUUCAUUAUCAUACCCUCUUGACACACAUUUUCAACGGACAGUAAACACAUGUACGAUGUGCACAUGUUUUUGCUGACUCAAAUUACUUACCGGGUGGCCUUGCGCUGCAGGGCCAAACAGUAGAAGCAAAACACCAAACAACUGCAUCGAUGGGCGCGCAAGGGUAAAACACCAAAUUACAAUAUUUGUCAACACUUCUGUCCCAGACGUCUGUUUCAUUCUCUUUCCUACACAUUAGUUAAUAGCAAAACCCAAAUGUAAACCAAUGUAACAUCAUGCUAUAAAAACCCAAGGAUUUCGAAAUAAACGGCAGUCUUUUUACGACUGAACAAUCAGAAGCUUCUCAAAGCGAUCCUCAUUCGAGGACACCGCUCACUGAAGAAAGUCCCCUGAUCCAAAAGCGAUUCCAGGUCCUUGCGACUGGUGAACACCGCUAACUUGGAGAGUAAAUGUCUCCCGGGCUAAUCGGGAGUAGUGUUUAACGAAUGGUAAAUCGUAAUCUGAUAAUAAUGUUGUCGUGCAAAAACAAGAAAGGGAAGAACUCCAAACAUAAUGAAGUGUUUAUAGGGAUGUUUUAAGAAGACGAGUGUAAAGAUUUUACACAAAUUCGAAAAGGUCAAACUUGAUCAUUUACCACAAAUCGACUCAGAAUCAAUGUCAUCGAUUAUAAGUCAUUUUAGUGAUCUGUUUUUCCUAGAUGGUGAUAAACUGACCGACACAGAAGCGACAGUCCUUAGUCGAGCGUUCGACAAAGGUGGUUCAAUAUUUUUUCGCUCCGUUUACAGCAAUCAAUUUAUAGUGUACUCAGUUCCAAAGUGAUCUAGUGUUAUUGCUUCAUGGCCAGCAACGGACAUAAUAGAAAUUACAGUAGAUGAGAAUUUAAUUGAGAGAAAUAAAGAGCUUUCAUAUAAAAAUAGAAAAAGAUAAUUAAAUUUGUAUGCAAUAAUGCGGAAACAAUAUAAAAAUUAGCAAUAUGCUAACAUCGUACAAAUUUUAUAAUAGCAUAUCAAAUAGCAUACCACUUACACAAUCCCAAAGAAAAUAAUUUCCGAUAACGAACCAGCCCUUAGAUCCAUCGAAAUCCGAUCCCUUUUCCAAAGACUAAAUAUUGAAACUCAAUAUACACCCUCCAAUCAUAGUGAAACAAAUGGCAUAGUGGAAAGAUUUCAUUCCACACUGAGUGAAAUCUUUCGAUGCAUCAAAGAUAAAUAUGAAGAUUUAAACCAGAAAAAGAUUUUCAAAAUUGCCUUGGGGCUGUAUGAUAGAACUAUCCAUACAGUGCACAAACAAAAACCAUUUGAGAUAAUAUUCGGACAAAGAGAGGAUCUACCAUUAGACAUCGACAAACUGUUUGACAACCGACUAGACAUUAUAUUUAGACGAAGUGACACUCCAACUCGAGAAAACAGCAACAAAAGAUACAACAUGGCAUGAUGAAUGGUCAACAGGGUCAAAUCCUGAUGUUUUUCAUGCAGAUGCUCAAUUGGACAGUUCAGAGGAAGAUGUCAAUAGCAUCUUGGGUUGUGGAAGAGAUGUUGAGCCUACUUUGUCUUGCUACAAUGCGAUCUAUUACCCAAGGUUUACCGCCUCUUGCUCUGACCUUGUGUAUUACGACUGGAAUCAGGACGACAUUGAUAUAUAUAUAUAUAUAUAUAUAUAUAUUAUCAAACGUAUCUCCAACCCUACAUAAGCAAUAUCAUCACAUUAGCACCGGAUAAGUCCAAAGGCUAAUCGAUCAGCACAUAUCGAUUGGCUCACCAACAUAUUGCUAUAUAUCAACAUUUCAAGUGCACCGAGUAUCCCACUGCAACAUCAACACUUUGCGUGCAGUAAGCACAACGAGGGUAUUGCCAUCAUAAACCCAUCGAACCAUCCACGCAUGGAGUCAGCAUUCUAACCAGAGCGAAGUCCAUCGGCCACAUGACAUCGUUACCAAAGAGAACGGAUACCAGAGUCAGCAGAAUGGAUCACUACAGCCACGCGCCCUUUUUUAGGGACCAUAGCUUAGCUUAGGGAAUAAUCAAUUAAUAAAAUCAAUCUUAAUCGAGUAGUUAAUGUGUGAGGUUUUAUUUUUUUAAAACUCCUCCGAAGACCAAACACCUUUAACUGGCGCAGUCGAACGGAGCCGAUUAGCUCCCAAGUGUUAAAUAAAAAAAAAUCUUAAAGUUAGUAAAGAUCAUUCUUAGUCAGGCCUUCAGCCAGUGAAGUUUAUUUUUAAAAGGUCCGUCCGAAGGCCCGAAAGUUAAUUUAUAUUGACCCGCUUAGUGUUUUCAUGGAUGGCUUUAUUAGCAUUUGGACAUCCUGAUAUAUUUCAUGCAGAUGCUCAAUUGGGCAGUUCAGAGGAAGAUUCCAAUAGCAUCUUGGGUUGUGGAAGGGAUGUUGAGCCUACUUUGUCUUGCUACAAUGCGAUCUAUUACCCAAGGUUUACCGCCUCUUGCUCUGACCUUGUGUAUUACGACUGGAAUCAGGACGACAUUGAUGGUGGCGACCCUGUUGGUUUUCAUCAUUUUCGUGCGAGGAUUAAUAACAUAUUUCUCAGACAACGGCACAGCUGGUUCCAAUUAUCGCUCUGUGAUCAGCACCUCGACCCCAAUCGUCUUAGGGAUUCUUUUAACCCUGGCGAUUUGGGCGUCUGAAAGAGCCCAGUAUCCCAUGUUUGCCUUUGGGCUUUCCAUAUCAAUGAUCAUGGGAAUCUUUCUUGUUGAUCAGACUUCAAAAGAUCUUUCUCUCGAAUUUAUCUCUCAUGGACGGAUGCCCACUGGAGUCGUAGUGAACGAGGAUAGUGAGGAGGACAUUGUCGGACCUAUUUAUGGGAAAUUGGGUGAUGAAGGAGUUGAGAUUAUAGGAGAGACUGACUCAGUGUCUAUUCCUGAAUAUCUCGUUAUGCUCAGCAUUUGUGCUGGAAUUAUGGCUGUCUCCUUUUUUGGGGGAGCCGUUUAUCUACUAGCGCUGAGAUUUACAUCACUUCCUGUUCGAAUGGUCCACAUCUUCCGAUCCGUCUCGUUUCCAAGAUUCCGAGGAAAUGAAAUCCUGGGAUCAUGGGGCAAUGAUGAGAACAUGGACACUCUAGAUGAUAAGUUCAAGGACAUCCGAAAUGGUGUGUAUAGAAUUAUCAACAAUGGCCUGCUCACCACACAGCAACGUGGAGCUGGAGUGGUCAAAGAAAAAGUUUUUCACACUCUGAUGCACAUCACCAACAAUGAACCAGUCAAGUGGCGUGGACAGUGUGUCAUUCCACAUUCAGGCAAUGCUCUGAGAGAUGUUGUGACCUAUGGUGGACCUUGGAACCUGAAAAAAGCGGAGAUCACGAAAGAGAUAGACAUAAUGAUUUGUAACCCGGACCAGACUGUCAAUUACGGCACUUUUAAACCGAGUGUCAUCGACAUAGAUGGAGAAGAGCAGAUGUUCAUUUCAGUUGAUUUUGGUUAUGGAUCCUCAGGCUCACCGUUCUUUUAUGAUGGAACAUUCAACAUUCGAAAUAAGUUUAGGUCCCUAGUGGUAGCAUACGUGCCAGUUCCCAGCCAACUCCAGGAAAGCCCAAUGGAACAAAUGAGUGAUAGUUCAUCUAGAAGGUUUGUUGAUUGGCACCCUGGAAAGGGAAAGACUAGAAAGGUAAUCAUUGAGCAGACCCUUCAAAAUGUGUCAAAGAAGCUGAGAACCCUAAUUCUCAGUCCCACCCGAGUUGUUUCAAGAGAGGUAUUAAAAGCCUUUGGAGAACAGCCGGACUUCAAAAUUGGAAGUAGUGUGGGAUAUUGCAGGAAUAAUCUGGUCACCGUAGCUUGUCACGCUACCUUCACCCAAUAUGUGUUGACUCAUGGAGUUGCUCAAAUCAAGGUUCACAUGAUCAUUAUGGAUGAGUGUCAUUUUUUUGACCCCUUCUCAAUAGCGGCCCGUGGAAUCAUGGAGUUUCUAAACCAGAAAGGAGUUAACAUCGUUUACUUGAGUGCCACUCCUCCUAGCCAUCCUCCAUCUGAGGGAUCAAAUUUUGAAAUCCAGACCCAUUCAAUCAAGUUUCCCCAAAGACUAUCAGCUGAUUGGAUUUCGGGGAUCUGUCGUGACCUGUCUAAGACAAAAACAAUUGUUUUUGUUCCAUCACAUGCCAUGGCUUCAAGUCUGGAGUCCAGUACGAAAAACGCCGUGUCCACAGAAAGCCAAGUCAUCAGAUUGGCAGACACCCGGCAACCGACCCUUCAAUUUACAACGUGGUACAUCAGCAACCGGACGGCGAUAUCAGAUUACAGCUUAGCUAGGGAACAUUCCUCUUCCAAGCAAGGCCUUUGUAGCUUUCCGAAAUAAAUCAAAAAUCAUAUUUAGUUAGAUUUGCAACCAGUGAAGUUCUUUUUUAAAAACGUAUCCAGUCCAUUCCAUCUCGUAAUUGGCGCAGUCUUAAAGGUGGAGGGAGUGUUCUUUUAAAACAGUCCGCGAGUGAGUAAGAAAAUCGUAGUGAAGUGUUGUUUGCAGUACCAACAUUGUGUUGUUCGGGACGACAAAGGACACCAGCGAUCAGGACCACCAGCUCAGAGGAUUGAGAAGGAAUACUAACAAACCCUGCGAACCGGUUCCACCCGCUUAAGCGUCACUGGCGGCACACCAGUUGAUUUGUGGUGAGUACCUUUAAAGCUUGUGACAUGUGCGUACCACAUGUCAUUGCUAUUUUUCUGUCAUGCACUUUUAGCAGACCACACUUGUGGGAAUAUUGUUCAAACCUACUCAGCAUUUAUGACGACAAAUAAAGGUGUCGUAUGACAAACUCUUGAUACAUGCUGUUACCAUGUGUACAGUCAUGGAUUUCGGAUACUAUUCCUUUCCGUUUUUAGCAUGGACACUGAUCACCAUCAGUGUCCGAGUAAAUAGCAUUUUAUAUACUCGGUGCAUCAAGUGUCUCCAACUUAAACUCUGUAUGAAAAAUAUGAAACAGAAUGAAUUUAUUACAUUUCAACCUUCAAACGUGACGUGUCGUGGUUAGUAAAAGAUAUCACGGUCAUGAGUCCAGGGACCAGGACCCAACAAGAGAGAAACAUUAAAUUAACGACGGAACAAAAACCACAAUACAAAUCCAACCAUCAAAGUGAUUCGUAU